UCAUAUAUACAAAUUGAAACUCCAUUUUAAUGAUACAGGAGUUGCCGAGACGUAAUCUAUAGGCCUAAUCUAUGUAGAGAGAUAAGUGAGCCAAGCAGUUUUAUAGCGAAUAGUGUAAAGUUAAUCACUUCGUUUUAACGCAAAAUGGCCUCUAUUGCAAAACUCCUCUCAUGCCGUUUUACAUCAAAAGGAGUGGAUGAGACGAUGAGAAUGCGGCAACGCUUGUAGCUUGGAUGGGAGAGGAGGAAAUAUACUUUUUUGGUUUAUAUGAUGCAUGGUGAUAAGGAAUAGGACGCCUCCCCCUCGAGGUCGCUGAAGUAACACCACAGCAAAACCAUCCCACUUGAUGUGGCAGGAUGUGCAGAGAUGCAAAGACAAGCUGAACUCACUGGCCAUCUCUGUAAUGAACCAGUGGCCAGGGGUUAAGCUGCGUGUGACAGAGGGCUGGGAUGAGGACGGUCACCAUUUUGAAGAAUCACUCCACUACGAGGGAAGAGCUGUUGAUAUCACCACCUCUGAUCGAGACAAGAGCAAAUAUGGCACACUCUCUCGGUUAGCUGUGGAAGCUGGAUUUGACUGGGUCUAUUACGAGUCCAAAGCCCACAUCCAUUGCUCUGUCAAAGCAGAAAAUUCGGUUGCGGCGAAAUCUGGAGGCUGCUUCCCAGGCUCGGCUCUGGUCUCGCUCAAAGACGGGGGACAGAAGGCCGUGAAGGACCUGAACCCAGGUGACAAGGUGCUAGCGGCGGACGGCGAUGGGAAGCUCAUGUACAGCGACUUCAUCGUGUUCACAGACCGAGACUCCGCGACGCGACGCGUGUUUUACGUGAUCGAAACUAAAGAACCCGUUGAAAAGAUCACCCUCACCGCUGCUCACCUCCUUUUUGUCCUCGACAACUCAACGGAUGAUCUGCACACCAUGACCGCCGCGUUUGCCAGCAGUGUCAGAGCCGGACAAAAGGUGAUGGUUGUUGAUGAUAGCGGUCAGCUUAAAUCUGUCAUCGUGGAGCGGAUAUACACGGAGGAGCACCAGGGCUCUUUCGCACCAGUGACUGCUCAUGGGACCAUUGUGGUCGACAGAAUACUGGCGUCCUGUUACGCCGUAAUAGAGGACCACAGUCUGGCGCAUUUGUCCUUCGCGCCCGUCAGGCUCUAUCAUAGCGUGGCAUCGGCCCUGUUCCCCAAAAACUUCAUCAGUCAGUCCAACGCGACUUUACAACAGGAGGGAGUCCACUGGUACUCCAAGCUCCUGUAUCAAAUGGGAACGUGGCUUUUGGACAGCCACAUGCUUCAUCCUUUGGGGAUGUCAGUAAACUCAAGCUGAAACCCUCGUAUGGAAAUAAAGCAAGAGAAAUCACACUAAUGUAGGAUCUAAGACAAUAUUAGUAGGCUACAAGCAAGACAGAAAGAGAGAGCGAUAGAGAAAUAAAGAAAGAGAGAGACAAAGGCCCCGAGAGGAGUUGGGAUAUUUAUUACAAUGACUUUAAAAGAAAUGUCAUUUUCAAAGAAUAAAUGGAGCCUUAAAAGUUUUCUUUGCAUAAUUUAUU